UGUGUGUGUGAGUGCUGUGUUAGGACCCGCAGCCAACACACACUUAACAUUCGUUCGCAACAUGGCGUUGAAGCGCCGAGAGACACGACGGCUCUCCCCCGACUAAUGCAACCUUAUUGUUAGGAAAACCAGGGAGACUGUUAACCAAAGAAAUCUAAACAUUCUCAGAGACUCCUUUACGCACCGGCGGAGACAAUAGCGGAUUCCAGCAUAUGAAUGUCGCUAUAACGGUAUAGCUGUUGUAUAGACUCAAGCUGCUACCCCACUGGUGGAAAUCAAAGGCUGUACAUGGCGGUGGAGAGUACAAUUUGGCUGUUCUGUCUUCUUUCGCUGUUUUGUGGUCCAUCCAAGCAAGAAAAGCUGGUUUCCGUGGAGCUGAGCUGCGGCGCUGGACCCAGCCAUGUAGUGUUGGAACCAGGUUUGCCCCUCUUGCUGGACUGCAAUCUGGGGGCCAGUGAUACACCCUUCAAUGUCUCCUGGCUAAAGGAUGGACAGCCACUACUUCCAGAGGGGAAUGACUACCUUCAGUAUUUGGUCAAUGGAUCCGUUCUCCUGAUGCCAACUUCUAGGGAUGGCCAGUCUCCCCAUGGUGUGGCGGGGGCUUACAGCUGUGUGACUGGCAGCAGCCUUGGAGCGCUGAUGAGCCGGACUGUGAAUGUGCUCCUAGCAAGUCUGUCGAAGUUCCGUCUGGAGCCAUCUCCCCAAAAAGUGCCCACAGGAGGGGAUGCCCGCUUUGAAUGCCAAAUUGAAGGAAUACCAACCCCUGUUAUUACCUGGGAAAAAGAUGAAGUAGCGAUUCCUGAGGGAACAAGAUUCAUUUCCCUUCCUAAUGGGGUGCUCCAGAUUCUGGAGGUGACCAAGGAUGAUGAGGGUGUCUACCGCUGUGUUGCAUCCAAUUCUGCCGGGAAGGACAUCAGUCAUGAAGCCAGACUCUCUGUCACCACAGGCUCCACCGAAGCCCUGAACAGAGUUGUGAUUGUGGCACCACCUCAGAAUGCUUCAGUUGUGCUUGGACAUCCUGCCGUGAUGGAGUGUAUGGCUCAAGGCCAGCCAAAACCACUGGUGUCCUGGAGCAGACAAGACGGAAAGCCCAUGUCUACUGAUGUGGUCGUCCUUGCAACAAACCUGGUGAUUAGAGACACAAGGCGUCACCAUGCUGGUGUCUAUGUCUGCCGAGCCAACAAGCCCAGGACCAGAGAGUUUGUCAUUGCUGCUGCUGAGCUGCAAGUACCCGCCCCCCCAGUGAUUCUUCAGGGCCCAGAGACAGUGUCCCUCUCCCGGGGAAACACAGCCAGGUUUUUGUGUAACAGCUCUGGAGAACCUCCUCCGGUGUUGCACUGGUUGAAGAAUGGCCAGCCUAUAAAGUCAUUCAGACGGGUAAAGACCCAAAGCCCCGGAGUCCUGCUAAUUAACCAGCUGGCUCUGGAAGAUGCAGGCUACUACCAGUGCAUAGCAGAGAACUGGCUUGGCACAGCCUGUGCGACUGCCAGGCUGACGGUCAUUGUGAGGGAAGGUCUGCCCAGCCCUCCUCGCCACCUUUCUGCUACACCAUACUCCAGCACAACUGCCCUGCUCAGCUGGGAGAAACCUGAGUACAACUCCGAUCAAAUCAUUGGCUACUCUGUGCACUGCCACAGCACUGCAGGCUCUGAUAACGGGGAAUAUGAAUUUGCAAUGAACAAUGACACCACUGAAUAUCUCUUCAGAGAGCUUCUGCCCCAUACGACCUACACAUUCUUUGUGGUGGCUUACUCUCCCAUGGGUGCUAGCAGCCCGUCUCUGCCUAUCACUGUAGAGAUGCUGGAGGAUGUGCCAAGUGCUCCUCCUCAGCUGUAUAUAGCUAGCACUUCCCGCACAGACGUCAAGGUGAAGUGGCAUCCAUUGUCCUCAGAGCAGAGUCGUGGAGUUGUUACCCACUACCGCAUUGAGUACAGCAUUUUAGAUCAGCCGGACUCUGUGUUUUCCGUGGAGGUGGGGGGGAAUGAGACACAUUUUACACUGAGAGGGCUGCAACCCAGCCAGACUUACCUACUGAGAAUAGCUGCUGGAACUGCCAUUGGCUUUGGGGUUCCUUCCGAGUGGGUUCAGCACAAGACACCUCCCAUUGAUAGCGAUGACAGCAUGGUGAUCUUUGCUCCUAAUGAGCUGAAAGUUAGAGCCAGUGUGAACACACUUAAUGUCACAUGGCAGCCCUCACCCAAUCACACGUUGGUCUCUGGUUACAAGCUGUCCUGUCGAGAAGUCGAGGCUGAAGAGACGGCCAAUGGGGAAAGGACAACACAGACACACACCAUCAGGCUCCGUAAGAAGGCUAGAUAUCAUCUCCUCACUGGGCUGGGCCCUGACCGACAGUUUGAGGUGAGGCUAUGGGCAUUCAAUAAACAGACAGACGGAGCAGCUGCAGUGUGGAAGGGAAAGACAGAAAAGCCUCAUGCACCACCAACAACGCCUGGGCCACCACCUCCAUUGCCCCCGAGCAAUAUCCAAGCCACAGCCAACAGCUCUACUUCCAUCUGGCUGCAAUGGGAGAAACCGCGGUUCAACAAUGUACACAUCAUCGACUACACAGUGCGUUGCAGCCCAGCAGGAACCACCAACGCAUCCAUGGUUUCCUAUUACACCAGCUCUGCAGAAGAGAUUUUGCUUGGGGCACUGAAACCCUUCACUCGCUAUGAGCUGGCAGUGCAGUCUAAUGGAGCGAAUGUGGUAGGACCCUUUAGCGGCACUGUGGAAGAGUCCACUCUCACUGACCGGCCUUCCACACCUCCCGAGGAGCUGCAGCUGACUACGCUGGACUCCUCGUCGGUGCUGGUGAGCUGGCACCCUCCACUGGAGCCUAAUGGUAUCAUCAUCAGCUACUGGAUUUUGUACAGUGGCAACCUCAGUGAGCCAGAGCAUUUAUGGAAGAACGUCUCCCAGGAUGGGAGUAUUACCAGUGUAGAGGUCCAGGGUUUGGCCAGUGGCACUCGAUAUUUUUUUAAGGUGGGGGCAUCUACUGAGGUGGGGCCAGGGCCUUACUCACCUAUAAAGGAAGUUCAUACAAGCCAUCAAGAGCUGGACAUCCAUGCAGUGACAGGCAUUAUAGUGGGUGUGUGCCUAGGACUGAUAUGCAUCCUCCUUUGCAUGUGUUUCAGCUUUCGUAACAGCAAAUCCAGGGAGUUAUCUGGGGCUCUGGACUCUACAGCUGUGAUACCUCAGUAUAAGAGAGGAGGCUGCCCCAUUCCCUCCAACAUACCAGAGUGCAGCAACAGCUAUGAGUUGGAGACAUUGAUGCCGGCAGGUAGCCAAGAGUCUGGUCAACCGCCAGCAGAGGCCCCAGAAGAGCAGAGUCUGAUGGCUGCCUGGAACGGCUCUGUAAGCCAUAACUGGGCCAACAGAAUCACAAGAUACAAAGACACCCUAAUAGAAGAUUCUCCAACACUCGUGAAUGGAGCUCUCAACAUGCUAAUCACUAAUAAUGGCAUGGAAGAAGAUAAUUUGAGUACAUCCAUGUGCAGUAACCAGGUUGAGGCAGAAGUCAUUGUUCAUUCUGAGCUUUUGGACACAGGGAGGGAGAAAGAAGAGGAGGGCUAUGAAAACACGGAUUCUAACACCACCUUGGGACCCUCAUUGUCAGAGGAAAAGUAUUCCUCUUUGAGCCAGCCGAGUUCGCAAGAAAAAGAGGAACAUCUAGAAAAACUGUCACUAUCCCAAAGCUCCUCAAAUCUUCCCUCAGUAAAGCUGGUGGCUACUUACAAUGGGGAAAUUGAAGAUACAGGACACCAGCUGACUGCAGACACAGCACCACAUCAGGAAAUGGGUCUAACCAAUGGUUUCCAUUCACCUAAGAUUGUGCUGAGGUCGGAGCGUCUGGAAAAUGGGGACUCUAGACACUGUCCAUCUGCAGCAGGGAAAGCCAUCUCUCCUGGCCUGUCCCCUUCCCCCUUUGUCAGCACCGGACUUGUCCACUCUACCUCAGCAGCACACAGUUAUCUGUGCCCAUAGCCUCUGCAUGCAGGGCAUCAACCCCAUAUGGAUUUUCUUUUAUGUACCCAGGAAAAAAAAACCCAAGGAUUAUUUUUAUGCACCUCAUUAUUAGCUUUCUUUCUCUUCCUUGCAAAGUUUUAUAGGUACUUUGAAUCCAUUGUUUCAUACUUGUGUAUAUAGAGUAAACAUAUACGGUAUAUUUUUAGUGGUAGAGUACUGUAUAUGGGUAUGCAUUCUCUAUCAUUGCAACCACAGUUUCCUCUGGGUCUUUCCUAUCCAUAGGAAGGAAAAAGAUUUAACCAAGCAGACGGACAUGAAUUGGAGAAGGCAUUUCUCACUGUGUCGUAAAUGGCUCUGUUCCACUCAGGAAUGAGAAAAGGCCAGGAAUUUUCCGUGAGUGAGUGCUUGGACAGGUUAUCAUCACUGAUGAAUGGAUUGGAAGCACAGGGUCUCCCUGGGUUUGGUAGUGUGGAUGCUACUUCAGUGUGGCACUUAGGAAUAAGCCUUAAAGAGUAUCUUCACACUCUGCAAGUGCAGAACACCUGUGCCUCUCUCCAGCCACCUGCUGUCUCAGGGUCCACAGCCACACACACACACACACACACACACACACACACACACACACACACACACACACAUACAAACACACAGAAAGCUAAAAACCUCGCUAAUUCCUCGAUAUUGCAUGUAAAAUUCAAACAGUCAUGUGUAAACACACAUUUAGAUACAUUUCAUGACUGGAAUGUGGGGGUCUCAGGUGCCUAAUUAUUCUAGGUGCAUUUAUAACCUCUGUAUAUUUCUAAAUAUUACAUUGAGUCCAAGUACAAAAAAUGUCAAUUGGAAACAUAUGAAGUAUACAGAUGUGGAACGUGAAGUAUUCUUUUCCAAAAUGCCAUAUAUCCCUGUGGUGUGAUUUUGUAAUCCAGGGACAAUUGAAAAGUAAAACAUGUUUUCUUUUGGUUUUUAUAUGUCAUUUAUGGAAUUAUAGUAUUUAGAUGUUUAUUUUGGUAUUGGUUUGUGUUGAUGGGAGUACUAGAGGAGGUGUUACAACUGUACAUCUGUAGACCACUCUCCUUUCUUUAGCUCCUAAAUGGGGAUGCACCAUUGUCCCUACUAUUGUCAAGAUACUGUGCCAUUGUGUCAAGAUACUUUUUUCCCCCUCUGUAAACGUAUUUUUAAUAUGAAAUACUUGCCACAAUCCAAAGUAUAUAGUGUAUUUGACUUGAUUCUGCCUGACUCAAAAUGUCCACAAUUCUUUGCAUUGAUUUUGACAGACUUCAACAAGAUCAGCUAGAAAGGAAGGAAAAAAUAUACAGUGCUUAACAAAUUUAUUAGUCAGCCAAAAGUGUGGUUUAUGCCAUUGCUGAACCUGACUAACAGUACUGAUACCUACCCAAAUCUUUUUUUUUUCUGUAACGGUCAGUAUGUACAAUCUCUAAUUGAAAUCAUAUUUCUUAUGUUAAAUUAUAAAUAUUGUUGUUAGCCAUGAAUUUUCAAAUUUACUAUUAUACAAAAAAAGCUGAAGAAUAGUAAAGCCAAAUUACAGUUAUCUAGCCUUCAUGAACACAAAAAAAUAGUUUUAGUGGUUGGAUGUUACAAUAUGCUUUAUAAAUUUCUGAUUUCUCAGAGAUGUUCAGUGUGCUGGUCGACAUUUGGGCAUAAAAAUACAAAAAUUAUAUAUUUAGUUUUCAAUAUGUAUUUAACAGACUUCUAAAAUAUUUCUGUUUUCUUGUUUUUAUGACAGGUCAUCUAAUAAAUUUGUUCAGCACUAUAUGUGAUCCAUUUUUUAAUGUUUUUUUUUUUUUUAUCUUUGAAAUUGUUCCUUAUAUAUUCAAUCAGUCAUUUUCAAAAUUAAAACGUUCAUAUUACAAGCAGUGAUUCAGCGUCGGUUCAAGGAGGGUAGAGACUGGUGCAUCCCUACUUCUUAUCAACAGCACUACCUCAUUUAUUUUCAGGACGGUUUCCAGUGUGAUUUAAGUAGUUUUAUGUAACUAGCACCUUUUGAGAUCUUAUUCUUAACUUGUCUGAUUUUACAGCAUUUAAUAUUUGAAGGAAUAAUCAUCCUGCAGUGACUGUAUGUGUUAUGUCAAACUGGAAAUUAUGUCUCUUUAGUGCAUUGCAGCUUCCUCUCAGAUUUCUAAUAGAUUGUGUCUGUCAGUGUAAAGUUACCCUUUCCUGCAACAUUGCUGUACUGAAAAAGAAAUACAUAACCCUAUGGCUUUGAUGUGAUGCAUCUGAAACUCGUCCACCCAGUGGCAUGUGGUUUCAGAACUAUACUUCCAGUCAAAGUAGAACCAAAUAUAGGAACGUUCUACCAGUUUCUGUAAUCCGGUCAGUCAAUCCAAUGUUAGGGUUUUUAUUGGGUUCUAAUGAUAAACAAAAUGUUGGAAUAUGACUUUUUUGAAUUCAAGUUGCCCUAAAUAUAAGGUAAAAUUGUGAAAAUACUUGAAGAAGGCUAUAAAUUUUUUUUUUCUUGCCUGCUUCAGGUCACUAAUGUAUAAUAAGAGUUCUGUCCUGGAUACUUAGUGCAUGAUGACAAGGACGUGCGACACUCAUUACUCAUUAGAGUAAUUCAUAGCUACAGAUGGCUCAAGUCUUUGCAUCCCUUAUACAACUUACAUUUUCAAAAGGCUUUAUCAGGUGCUUCACUUCAAAAAGAGAGUUUUUAAAAUGAUAAUACUGUUCUGGGGGGACUUUUUUUUCUUUUUUUUUUCUGUAGAUUCAACUCUAAAACAAUAGCAGGUCCGCAGAGCUUGUGAGCAGUAAUAAUAAUGUCAUCUAUCUCAAAAUAUAAUCUUAGCAUUGAGUCAAUCCCUGUUUAUGAUGUCUCAUCUUCUCUCAGGUCGUGUUUCUAGCAGUGAUAAUGGAGCUCAAAUACUUCAGCAGCAGAAAUGGAAAUUGUUGUUUGUUGACAUUAAUGAAAAAAGCUCAGUGUGUUCAGUGUUCCCGCUAAAAAUGCUUUCCUUGCCAAAAUUUCUCAACAAAAUUUUUUGCCUUGACCUUUAUCUACCCAACAUCAAAGUAUGACUGCCAUUUAUUUAUUUAUUUUUCACAUACAAUAGCAGUCAUUUACAGACAGAAAUGAAUGUGUGGAAACCCUGUGUGAAACAUUGAUUGGAAAUUCAUUAAGAAAGAAAGUGAUAUUCGUUGCAUCUGGAUGAUUCACUGCCAGUUACAGAAAUUAUUAUUACACAUCUUCAAAAUGCCACCAUAAAAAUGUCUGGCACUCAGUUUAAUGUUUGUCUAACCCACUUAAGUGGUCCAUAGAAGGCAAAUCAACCAAAUGCUCACAUGGUAAAAAAUUGCUGCUGCACUAUUGUGCACAUAAGUCUAAACUGGUAAGCAUGUUUUACAUGUGACCAUUUUUAAACAGUGAUUUCAAAGCAGGUUUCCUUUUGCUAGUAAAGUAGCAUACCUGCUAUGAUAUACAAUUUAAAUGUUUAGUGAACAAUGCAGCCACAGCUUUCUGACUCGUGCUUUAAGAUUUGCCUUUUAUAAAAGUUAAAGCAAAGCACCGACUUUUUUUUUUUUAAAUUUUACACGCGAUAUUCACUGUUACUGUUCUCUACUUAGCGCCUACUCUAAGUAGGUAUCCUUAAAAGGCAUGUUUGUCCUGAGUACUGGCAGAAACAUUCUCAAAAGCAUUCCAGUUUGAUAUCUUCAACAUACCUCUCUCAGUCCAAGUCAGCCAUGAUGAGCCAUGCUCAGAAAAGAAGUACUAAUUCACUCAUAAUGUGCAACUUCUGUUUGGAUAAGCUUUGUGUUUGGAUGGAAAUCACUGAAUCAAGGCAAUGUUAGAAAAUCACAGUGAAAAUGUACAAUGACAAAAAAAAUACUUUUAAAUCUUAUGAGCAAAGAUUUAAUGAAGUUGUCUCACAACUAUCAUUUUCAUUUUCAAAACACUGCACUGAACAUAGGUGCUGUUCUUUCAGACUCUAUUGUCACUGCACAUAAAGUGUAAACAUAGAGAUGGUAUAUUCUCUAUACCAAUGCACCAUUUUUUGUCAUGGACAAUUUAAAACAAUUGAAAAUUAGUUAGUUUGUGCUUGGGAGUUAAUCAAGUAAAGACACCAUCACAUCCAUCAUGAAAGAAUUAAAUUUCAUGAUGUUGCAGUUGCCAAAAUCUAAUGUAAAAUCUUAGGUAGACAUAGUUUAAUGCUUCCGCCCCCCCAACUGAUAUUUCACUUCUAUCAGGUUGUUUCACUUAUGUAUUAAGUCUUGAUGCAGUAGUGAAUUAUUAUGGUGUGUGGAGGUGACAGAGGAUAUGGAAUGGCGAUUAGCAUAACCCUGCCUGCAGCGUAAAUGAUGUAUACUCUCCUAAUAGGAGCUCUGUUAACACUAUUAACCACUCUUUUGAAUAUAUGUAUAAAACCUUGCUUUCUUUGUACACCUUUUUGUUGGCUAGAACAAUCACAUUUCUAGAGAAAAAUGACUCAUUCUCUCAUUUUGUAGAGAAGAUAAUUACUUUGAUAAUUAUGUUGAUUUCGUCUUCUUUUUGUAAGGGUUAAUUAAAACACUAUACCUCAUGUUGGUAACUUCAUUUGAUUCUGAUCAGUCUCUUGAUACUGCACAUUUUGUAAACAAGUAGAACAUUAAAGGUAAGAAUACUGUUGUUUUGUUAGCCAAGUGUUUUAACAGAGGAUGGGACUGGUGUUUCAUUUUACCUCAGUGUGAGUUUUUACUCAUUAUAGUGACUUGGAUUGUCUAGUCCUGCACUGAGGAGUUCAACACAUGAGAGGAGGGAUUAAAGGAAACCAUUCAAAUGUUGUUUAUUAUUUGGCAAUAUGAGUAAUUACCAAGAUUUUCUAAAAGUUUAAAGGCAAAAAUCAUAAAAAAGGAAAAAAAUGUCUAAAUCUGCUAAACUGUAAAGUAUUUUUUUUCCUAGGGAGAAGGGCUAAAGAGAACCCCUCCUGAGGCAGGUUAUACCUCUCAGUGCAGACAGAUUUCUAUAGAAAUAAAAGUCUCUUCUCAACUCAGGUGUCCCAUCUCUUCAUAAAAGGAUCAUGCCUGCAUAUUCAGAUACGUGUCAUGUGUUGUCAAACAAAGCCUCAUUUUGUCUUUUUGGGAAUUAAAUCAAGGAAAAUUUUAUGCACAGACGAUACAUUGUUUUGUACAAAUCACUCAGUGCAUUUCUAUCUCUAGCUUUUCUUUGUACGUUCUGGUGCUUUGUGGUGAGCUGCUUUGUCCAGUGAUGUCACAAUGUUGUACUUUUUUUGUGGUACAUUAUCUCUAGUUUUGUGUGUACCCACCCAGUUCUGCCUCUUUUAAUAUGUAUGCACAGACUAUAGUCAUGUGCCACCAGCGAUGCUCUGCAGCUACUCAGACACCUUUGUAAUCAUUGCGUGCCGAGCAAAAUGUCAUUAAUCGCAUAUGCUAAUGUAGAAGCAAAUUGUAGGAGCACUUAAUAGAUUAGCAUUUCAUCUUUGGCCACGAGCACAUCUGGUCUGUCAUCUUUACAUUUCUAGAAGUGCAAUUUUCUUAGUGUGUAAAACAAGAGAUGGAUUACUCAGUGUUAGUCAUGGUGAUGCUGGCCAUGUGAUAGAUGCAUUGCUAUUUCAAAGGAAUCAGUCACAGAAUAGGUAUUACUUGUGGUUUGUAGAAAUAUUUCCGCUGUGUUACCAUAUGUGAAAACGUCGAAACUCACAGCAACUGUGAGCACUUCUCUUCUGUAAAUAAACAUUUAAAAAA